AUGUCGCUGCCCUCACUGGCUAGGAGCGACCGUGACGGGUCUAGCCCGAGCACUGUGCCUCCAUUCCAGAGGGACAUGUCUGCUUGUUACGCGUGUUUUUCUGUUUUCGAGCUAUUCGACUUGAUAGUACGGGCUGUCCAUGGAGAAGGAGAAGGGAAGCGAUCUGUCGCCAAUCUCGCUGUCGCGAGUAAGGAGUUCUAUGCGGGGGCGACCGCGGUCCUGUGGGAAGAGAUGGAUACUCUAGUCCCUCUCCUCACUCUGAUACCGUACGGUAUGUGGAUGCAAGUGCGAGACGACGGGAAUGCCCCACAGCGUUCUCAACAUCUCAUCCACUCUCAAGAUUGGUCCACAUCUCGUGUUGUAUGGUACGGGCAACAUAUUAGGCGGCUCGUCUGGAGCAACGACUUGCACAAGCAACUACCGGAAUCUCAGGCCGUCGAAUUGUUGACGUACCUUCCCACUACCCUCAAGCUAUUGCCAAACCUACUCUCGUUCGCAUGGACCGAGCAUAGGCCUGCCGUAUCGAGGCUGCUCAAGCCUAAGCUAUUCACCAAUCCGCUUCUGCAGGAGUUAUCGUUGGACAUGGCGCUCACAGACAGAGAGCCGAUGGCCACUAUUUUCGAUGUCGUCAGGAGCACAUGCCCGAAGCUGAGCCGUCUCAGGCUCACUGGAGACCCGAGCGAACCCCUGGACGUCGCCGUGAGCGUCGCGCUUGCGGAUCUCGUCCGCACGGCGAGGCUUGUCGAGUUCAGGUGCACAAGUCCGCUGUUCGACGACGUCCUCCUUGCGGUCGCUGAAUCGGCUUCCCUGCAAUACGUCGACAUCAAGGCGAACUGGUAUACAUUGGAUGACAUGGUUGUCUCCGCCCUGCCUUCUCGGUGCCUUCCGUCCGUCCGAGACCUCUCCUUGCAGUUCGAAGCCCUGGAUGCUUCAUCUUUGGCCUUGCUGGAAAAGCUCGGCUCGACCUCCCUGGCGAACCUUGGCAUACACAUCACGGCAGAAGUGUAUGAAAACGACAUGCUAAUCAAGCAUCUCGCCGUAUUGACAAAGGCGCCCUUCACAUCGUCCCUGCGCAAGUCGAGCUCCAUUGCUGGCGCAUGGAUUCCGAGGACAACGGCUGCCGACCCAGCAUCAUCAAUCUGAAGAUCCUGCGUCCCCUUCUCGAGCUCGAUCAGCUCACCCACCUGAUAGUCUACGCCAAAAGCUUCGCGCUCACCGCGAGCGACAUCCGGACGAUCGCGCAGGCCUUCCCGCGCAUCCAGAAUCUGGAGUUCAUGCCCGCGUUCUGCGUGGGCACAGAGC